AUGUAUCUAAACAAUUAUUUGGUGUUGAUCAUAUCUACACUUACUUUCUCUUUAUUUUUCUUCGAGCACAAUACUGAGAAGAGUUUUUUAACAAGAGAAGUUUCACUUAUAAGAGUUAAAAAUGAAACGCCUUCAAGUACUGGCCCUGGUACUAACAGCCCCACUGAACCGGGGCCGACCGGAAGACCAGGAUCCCGACCAACACUUAGACCUCUAUCGUCAUCCUCCCCCCUCCCCAUACCGAGCCAGGAAACUCGCCCUGGCCCACAUCAUCAUCAUCAUCACCACCAUCAUCAUCAUCAUCCACAUCACCAUCCACAUCCGGACCCCAGUCCCAGCCCUGGUCCUAGCCCCUUACCACCUCGACCCCCACCCUCUACUAAGCACACUUGGCUUAGACGUGCCCUAGCUUAUCCAGCUCCUAGUCCAUCUGAGUCAGGCCCAUCUUCACCAUCGGAAUCAAGUCAGAGUUCCUCCGAGGAUUCCUCUGAGGAAGAGGAAGAAAAGGAAGAAGAGGAAGAAGAGGAAGAAGAGAAAGAUGAAUCAGAUUCAGAACGACGUCAAAAAGGAAGGCUAACAAGGGGAGGUGGUAGAGGAAGAGGAAGAGGAAGAGGGAGAGGAAGUGGAAGAGGAGGUAGUAGAGAAAGAGGAAGUAGUAAAGGAAAAGGAAGAGGAAGUAGAAGAGGAAGAGGAAGUAGUAAAGGAAGAGGAAGAGGAAGGGGAAGACAAUCUUCAACAGAUGGAGGUUCAGGUCAAGGGCCAGAGGGGUCAGAGGGGCCAGGGGAUAAUGAAGGUAUUUUUAAAUUGGAUGAUUUGGAAUAG